ACACUCGCUGCUCUUCUACAGGUUGUCCUGAAAUUAUUUAUAGUACAACGAUACAAAAAAACAAACAAUCAAUUAUAAUCAAUUUACAAAAGUAUUAUAUAGUUUUUCAUGAUAGAUUCGCAAGACGAAUUGUUUGAAACACGAGAUUAUCGUUCAAUCGAAAUCUAUAAUUCUUCAAACAGAGAUAUCGAUUUCGAAGUUUUAAUCGAUUUUCAUAAAUCGUUGACCGAAUCAACAACAAAUUAACGCGAAACGGAACGAUGACAUUGGUGGUGUCAUCGAUAAUUAAAUAUAACGGAAUAACCGAAAUUUUGCAGGUUAUCUUUUCAGUUAAUUUACAAAGUGACAAGAAGGAACUUUCGAUGGGACAUUCGUGAUCGUGUAUUACAGUGAAUCGAGUUACAGUUUACGUUAUUCAUUGUCAUGCGCAGACGCGAUCGUUUCGUACGACAAGUAGGCUAGAUUUGAUUAUCAAAAGCGAACGAUUUAUUCGAUAUUUUGAAAGAGUAACACGGGAGUGACGCGCGGGAACGUGAUUACUUUUGUAUGUUAUGACUGGCGUAUUUUUCACGCGGCAGAAGGAGGGGAACGAUGCAAGGUGGUUGCCGUUGAUCGUUGGAGUUCGAGAAAAACGUGAAAAUCACGAGGAAGAGGGGCGGUCGGUGAAAUUCGGUGGCGGUGGGCCACAGGCUCGAUUGUCGGUGAUUGGCGCGGGAUACGCCGGCACCGGAAGUGCUAAAAUGCCCCGUAGCCUGCCGACUAGACGAGGUCUCCAGGCGUUGGCACUUGUUCUCGCCACUGCUUAUGCUACCAUUCUUCUUUAUCAGGCUGUUGCACCCCGUCAGUGGGUCGACGAGAUGACGGUGGAAGUGAACAGUAGGAGCGUACUGGUGGAAGUGCCAGCUUCGAGGAGGAUGCUGAUCAACGAGGAAUCUUCGGUGACACCUGCGAUCGCGACUGCGACCAUGGCACCGUUCACCACGAAUCUCGACGACGUGUUCAUCAGCGUGAAAACUACCAAGCAUUACCAUCACUCCCGUCUGCCAGCUAUCAUCAGCACGUGGUUUCAAUUCGCUAAGGAUCAGACUUGGUUCUUCACCGACCGGGACGAUCCCUACUUUCAGAAUCAGACCAACGGCCACAUGAUCAACACCAAGUGCUCGUCCUCGCACAACAGGCGGGCCCUCUGCUGCAAAAUGUCCGUCGAGUUCGACAGGUUCCUCGACAGCGGCCGGAAGUGGUUCUGCCACUUCGACGACGAUAAUUACGUGAACGUGCCACGCCUGCUGAAGCUUCUGGAUAACUACAAUCCACGGGAGGAUUGGUACCUGGGAAGGCCCUCGAUACCCGCACCCUUGGAGAUCAUCAGACAGGGCCCGGAACCUUCCAAGCGGCCGCAAAAGGUGAAAUUCUGGUUCGCUACGGGCGGCGCCGGAUUUUGUAUCAGCAGGGCGCUCGCGAUGAAAAUGACUCCCGUUGCUGGAGGCGGGAAGUUCAUCACGGUGGGCGACAGAAUUAGGUUGCCCGACGACGUGACGAUGGGAUACAUUAUCGAGUAUCUGCUGAAAAAGCAGCUCACAGUCGUCGAGCAGUUCCAUUCUCAUCUGGAACCGAUGAAGUUCCUCAACAAGGACACCUUUGGCGAGCAGGUGUCGUUCAGCUACUCGAAAGGUCCGAGGGACGAGUGGAAUAUUCUAAAGAUCGACGGUUUCGAUAUGAAGGACGAUCCGAAAAGAUUCAGGUCGAUCCACUGCCAUCUGUUCCCACACGUACCCAAUUGUCCGCACAGAUGAUGACCAGCCGGACGAUCCAAAUCGUAACAA